AUGGAGUUUGUUGAUACUCCACUACACAUAGCUUCAACUGCAGGACACACUAAUUUUGCCAUGGAGUUGAUGAACUUAAAGCCAUCAUUCGCUAGGAAGCUUAACCAAGGCGGUUUUAGCCCCCUUCACCUAGCCUUGCAAUGUCCAGAAAUAGAGAUGGUGGUGGAUUAUCUCCUAUCAAUUGAUAAAGAUCUUGUUCGUGUCAAAGGGAGGGAGGGUUACACUCCUCUUCAUCAUGCAGCCAGAGAAGGAAAUGUUCCUCUUUUGUCUAAAUUUCUGGAGUAUUGCCCCAAUUGUAUCUUAGAUUUGACUAUUCGAAAAGAGACUGCUCUGCAUAUUGCAGCACAAUAUAAUAACUUAGAAGCUUUCGAAGCCAUAAUAGACUGGAUUCAGAGGACUGACAAAUUCCACGACUUUGAGAAAAGAAGUGCCCUAAACUUACAGGACAAUGAUGGAAUCACUGUGUUGCACAUAGCCGUAUCAAAUAACCAACGUGAGAUGAUCAAACGGUUAACAGAAAGCAAGAAAGUUGAUAGGAAUAUGGUUAAUCAGAGUGGUUUUAUAGCUUUGGUUGUCUUAGAAGUACAAGCUCCCAUUGACAGAGAGAGUGUCAACAUUCUAAAACGUGCUAAAGAUCCACCAUUAAGGUUCCGUAGGGUGUCAUACCUUACCAAAUUCGGACGUGAUAUUGAGGAGAUGAAACCUGAUGUUGAGUUUUAG